UUUCCAUAUAAAUAUGGAUUAUCUCUACAAAUAAAGAUGGCACUGGAUAUCUCCUUGGUCAAAAUACCCAUUUUAACAACUAAUUGAUGACGGAAAAUCUCAACUAUCCUAGCUCUCCAGAGUCUGAUGCUUCAUCAUGGUAUUCCACCAUCUUAUCCUCAAACGAUACAGAUCACGAGGAGGUUGACAAAAACAAUUUGAACCAAAAUUUUGAGUUCCCCAAACGGAAUCCAGUUGAAUUCUAUCAAAUUUCUAAUCCAUACGCCGGUUCGUUAUGGUACUCAACAGCUGGUGAGAAAGGCAGUGAAGCUAUUGGUAAGAUUCAGGAAAGAGUGAAGAACAAUAGGAAAAGAAAUGUCGAUGAUCUUAUUCUACCACCUCGAAUGGAUUCUUUAACUAAUAAGAAAGUGGAUUCACCGAUUAAAAAUGAAAAUUUUGCCAGUGGGUUGGAUGAUGUUCAUUGUGAUAGCCCUAAAUAUAAAGGUAUAUCAACAAGCUACCCUGAAACCAAGUACAGAAGAGCAUUUGAAGAGCUGAUUGAAAGUGAAGUGAAAUAUCAAAAUGACCUGUUGCUAAUAAAUUCGGUUUAUAGAUCCUUGUUGCACAAUUCAAGAAAGUACAAAAAUAUAUUGAGUCAAAAUGAAGAGGCUAUCAUUUUUGGAAAUAUAGAUACUGUGAUAGAUUUGAGCAAGCUUUUGAUACGAGAUUUAAUGAAAGGUAUCAAGAAGCACAUGCAAUGCGAUUUUGUGGAAGGAGACUCACUGAAGGAACAGAUUGGAAACUCGAGAAUUGAACGCUUUGACAUUGGUGAAACUUUUGAUAAUUAUUUGAACAGGUUCAAAAUUGUUUAUACUUCAUAUUUUAAAAACCACAGAACCCAAAUGCAGGAGUUGACAAGAUGUACAAAUUUCAGCGGUCCAAAAGUUAGUAAAUGGUUAGAUGAAUGUGCAUUUCUUGCCAAAUCCCAGUCAAAUUGUUGGGAUUUUGAGUCAUUGUUGAUAAAGCCAAUUCAAAGACUUUCCAAGUACACUCUCCUUAUUGAUAAGCUUUUAGAUACUUCUUGUGAUGAUGUCUCUUUUGAAAUUAUUCAACAUCUUUGUGAUGCAAAAGCCCAUGUGGAAAAGUUACUUGAUGGGAUAAAUAACCUAACUCCACCUAGCAGUGCAGAUGGAAAUAUUGAUGAUAAUGAUACCAAAAGUCUUGCUACAGAAACUGGCACAGUUUUCUCAACAACCCCAAGAAGGGAAUAUGCUUCUAUUGUUAAAGAAUUCAAAUCAAGAUAUAUUAAAGUUCAAGCAUUGAAAAAGGAGAUAGUGUACUCAUUGAACCCUCUGAUAUCAUUCAUGGAUGAACAUAUUCAAUUUGCUGAAAGUUGGGAAAAGUUUAUGGAAUAUGGAGAUAAUGAGACUGAUGAACAUUUUAUAAGAUCAAUUUACUCAAGCUAUACUGAGAAGCUUAAGGAUCAAAGGGGUAAAACUAUGUUGGUGGUUCAGGAAGUGAAAGAAACCAUUGUGAAGGCUUUAGAUCUUUCAUUGGAGCAUUGUCACAGUGUCAAAAAUAAGGUAAAUAAACAUAGUACAUACAGAGCUGCUUACAUCAGUUAUAUCAACAAGGAAAAAACCAAAUUAAAAAGUGCUACGGCUGGUAAAAUCAGUAACCAUUCUUACAAAGAUGCUCAAGAAUACAUUGUUUUAGAGAAUCAGAUAAUUGAUGAGGUCCCAAUAUUGGUUGGUCAACUCGAUGCAUUACUUCAUUAUGUUGUACUCUCAUAUCAUAGAGCAAUAACUGAGUGGUUGAAAUCACUUGCUGGGGAAAAGCACAUCAGUCAAAUGGGUGAAGCUUUGGAGGAUGGUUCUUGGACUAUGGGGAAUAACUUUGAUAUCAUUGAGCUUCACACAAUUUCAAAACACCAUACAAAACUUGCGUUGGAAGAGUUUUCCUCCCAGUUUGAAGCCAAUAAAAUGCAUUCGGCGUAUAAGGACAAGAAUGUGGAUGCUACGGUAAGGAUCUAUCCAAGUAGAGUCAUCAGAAGGCUAUUUGGAACAUUUUGAGUAUCAAAU